ACCAGCAUGGCUGCGCCCACAGCCACACAGCCGCGGCUGCCGCACGCCGCCCCGCCGCUCCUGCUCCUGCUCACCGCUCUGGCCACCAGCCUCGCCUGCCAACACCUCUGGACGCACGACGACACCUUCCCCGGCGACGCGCUCCGCCUCCUCCAGGACACGGCUCCCAGCCACACACAGCCCUGCCACCUCCAAGAGCCGCCCUUCUUCCCCGACACCCUCCUCCACGACAACCUCCACCCGCACCAAGCCGCCGCCACCGCCCUACGCAUCCUCCAGCACCUCUUCCACACCCUCAGCUCCAACAGCACCCGCCAGCACUGGCCCAGCCACGCUCGCAACCAACUCCUCAACAAACUGCAGCACCACAUCCACCACCUCGAGCAAUGCCUCCCCGACAACGCCCUGCUCUUCAAAGGACCGCGCAACCCGCUGCUCGCCAUCAACAAGUACUUCAGGGACAUCCACCUCUUCCUCCUCGCCCACAACCACAGCGCCUGCGCCUGGGACCACGUCCGCCUCGAAGCUCGUGCCUCUCUACGACACCUCCACAACCUCACACGCACCAUGCGCCGCUAGCGCAAACACCCACGCUCCAACCCACGCCUAC